AUGGAGGCUAAAAGAAUGGGGAUGGGGAUUGUAAUUAGAGAUGAGGAAGGGGAAGUGCUGGUGUCCAUUUGUGAUGUCAGAAAACAUGUUGUAGAUCCUGCUUUAGCUGAGAGUUGGGCAUUAUGGAAAGCUUUAAAAAUAUGCAAUGAACUUGCUUUGUCAAAGGUGAUCUUCAAAGGAGAUGCAGCAGCUGUCAUCAACAGGAUCAACAAAGAUGAGGAAGACCAGUCAUGGAUGGGGCAUAUUCUGGAAGACAUCAAACAUGUUUUUAAAGGGAAAAGGGAGUGGAAUGUAAGGUUUGUGCCUAGAGAUGGGAAUAGAGUGGCCCAUCUGCUAGCCAAACAUGCUCUAGUUCUAGGUGAGGAAAAAAUUUGGAUUGAGGAGGGAUCGUAUGUAAUAUGCAAUGCUGUAUUGCAUGACAAAAACUGUAAUGUCCUGAAUGAUGAGUAA